AUGGACUUGUUUCUCGAAACUUCAAUGUACUUUUCUGAAGAUGGUCUCAAGGGGCCUUCAUCUGCAGCCUUGGAUAAUUCCGGGAACAAGAGAGGAAAGCAAACAAAGAGGAGGGUUUUGAGUUUGACUCUCUUGAAAGAGGCUAAUCCAAUUUUAACUUGGUUUAAAGGAAGAUUUGCAAGCCUGGCUACUCCUUGGUGGACAGGGCAUAUAGGGUUACCGGCCCUCGAAGUGGCCAGUAAUUCGCCGGUGUUGAGCAAGCGCGAUCUUGAGCUCUCCGGUUGCGAGACCAGCGACAAAAGCGCGAGCCGAGGGGACGAUGAUGACGACGGCGAUGAGCCUAAGGAAGGAGCAGUGGAGGUCGGCACCCGCAGGCCAAGGGGGCGGCCGCCGGGAUCCAAGAACAAGCCGAAGCUGCCGAUCUUCGUGACUCGCGACAGCCCUAAUUCGAUGAAGAGCCACGUGAUGGAGGUGGCCAGCGGCGCGGACGUUGCGGAGUGCCUUGCCCACUUUGCACGCCGCCGCCAGAGAGGGGUCUGUGUGCUCAGUGGGAGCGGAAUAGUUGCAAAUGUAACCUUGAGGCAACCGGCAGCUCCUGGCGCUGUGGUGGCCCUACACGGGAGAUUCGAGAUCCUAUCGCUGACGGGCACAUUUCUGCCCGGUCCUUCGCCGCCAGGCUCCACCGGGUUAACUGUGUACUUGGCAGGAGGUCAGGGUCAGGUGGUUGGCGGCAGCGUAGUUGGGCCGGUUAUCGCAGCUGGCCCCGUGAUGGUGAUCGGUGCAACUUUCGCAAACGCCACCUACGAGAGAUUGCCUCUCGAUGAAGAAGAAGAUGGCAACGCCACUAAUGGUGGUGGGCAAGGCCAGCUUUCUGGAUCAGGAGGCUCACCACCUACGGCCGUAGGAGGCGGAAACGACCAGUCUCAACAGGGGCUAGCGCCCGAUCCCUCGACUCUGCUGUUAUAUAAUUUGCCUCCGAAUUUCCAUGUUAAUGGUACUCACCCCAAUCAAGAUGCUCAUGCUUGGGCUCAUGUUCGUCCUCCAUUCUAGAUAAACUCCACCACAUUCAAUGGCUGUAGUAGAUGUGAAAUGGGUUUUAGUUAUGGUCUCAUCUGAUGGGAGAGUUGUGAAGAGAAGGGAGAGAGAGGACACUCAUCGCUGUGUAUAUGAUACUUUCUCUCUCUGUUUUGGCUUCUUUGUGCUGCAAUAAAGGUAGGAUUAGUGUCCUCCAUAUUCUGAUUUCACAUCAACCCUUUUUUGCUCUGGCCAUGUGUUCUUCAGCAAUCUUUUCCUUAGGUCUAGUUGAUUAACAAGUUUCGUUGAUCCUCCCUUCGUUUGAGUUGAUCAAACAAAUUGGCGAAUUAGUGAGUGAGGGUCUUCGUCUGAAGUAGAAGAAAAGGAAAAUUUUGAGUGAGGCUCUGAAUCUGUUCUUGUUGAUUUGUUCUCUCCUUCUGUCCACUCUAUGC